AUGAAUGCUAUGUUGAGACUACAAUAUUUCCCAGACCUGUGGAAAAUCUCUGAGAUCAUUAUGAUAUACAAGGCCGGGAAACCUGCAAAUGAAAAGACCUCCUAUAGGCCAAUAAGUCUAUUACCAACAAUCUCAAAAUUGUUUGAGAAGAUAUUGUUAGAUAGAAUAAUGCCAUAUCUAGUUGAGAGAAAAAUCAUACCGGACCACCAAUUUGGCUUCAGAAGACAGCAUGGGACGAUAGAGCAAGUACACAGAGUCUGCGAGUACAUAAGGAGCACCCUGGAACAAAAGGAAUAUUGCUCUGCUGCCUUCCUUGAUGUCCAGCAGGCAUUUGAUCGAGUUUGGCACAAAGGUCUUCUGUGCAAAAUUAAAGAGAAUCUGCCUCAUACAUUGUUUACCAUAUUGAAAUCAUACUUAACUGACAGGUUGUCUUAUGUUAGGGAAUCGGAGGAGUGCUCAACCCUUUUGGAGAUAAAAGCGGGAGUACCACAGGGUUCUAUACUGGGACCAAUUCUUUAUGUGGUCUACACUGCAGACCUACCUGUAACGCCUGGCACCAUGUUGGCCACAUUCGCUGAUGAUAGGGCAAUUCUUGCAUGCCAUAGCAAUCCUGAUGUGGCAUCAAGCAAACUACAGGAAGCCCUAAAUAGAAUACACAGCUGGCUAGAACGAUGGCGCAUAAAAGCCAGUGCGGCCAAAUCCGUGCAUGUGACCUUCACCCUCAGAACUGGAAACUGCCCCUCUGUAACCCUAGGUAAUAACACUUUACCUCAGAGUAACUGUGUGCGCUACCUCGGCAUCCACUUAGACCAACGGCUGACAUGGAGGCAACACAUAAAUGCAAAGAAAGAAGAAAUCUCACUUAAACACAACAAUUUGUACUGGAUGCUCAGCCGCAACUCCAAGUUAUCACUAGACAACAAACUAUUAAUUUAUAAAACUGUCAUCAAACCGAUCUGGAUGUAUGGUAUCCAGUUGUGGGGGAGUGCCUCCGACAGUAAUAUUAACAUAUUACAACGCCAAGAAAAUAAAAUUCUUCGGACCAUGGCCAAUGUGCCAUGGUUUGUUCGUAAUUCGGAACUCCAUGAACACCUGCGAAUUGGCACAGUUAAGGAUGAGAUACGCUCUGCUGCUGUAACAUACAGGAAAAAGCUCACAAUCCACCCAAAUGAACUUGCACGCCAACUGACCAUAAAUAAAUAUACUGUACGCCUGAAAAGACACCACAUCAUGGAACACAUUCAUUGA